CCUCCCGCCCUCCUGGGCCAGCGCCUGCGAGAACCCAGCGCAGGGGCGGCCCCCGGGCAGGAUGCGCCCUCGCCGGGCCCGCACCCCAGCAGCCAGGCGGCCUGCCGGUGCCCUUGCCAGCCCAGCUUCGGCGCCUCUGACUCCGCCUAUGCCGAACCUAGCUCGCGUCCCACCCUCCUAUUCUCGCUCCAGCAAAGAAAAGAAGAAAGUGAAUUGCAAGCCCAAGAACCAGGAUGAACAGGAAAUCCCCUUCCGCCUCCGAGAGAUUAUGAGGAGCCGCCAGGAGAUGAAAAAUGCCACCAGUAACAGGAAGAGGAAGAGAGAAGCCCAGGUGGCCUUCAGAAAGACACUGGAGAAGGAAGCCAAGGGAGUGGAGCCGGACAUCGUGGUCCCCAAAUUCAAGCAGAGGAAGUGGGAGUCUGAGAAGGCCUACGUCCAGCGAAUGGAGCAGGAGGCCCAGCACGUGCUCUUCCUCAGCAAGAACCAGGUGGUCCGGCAGCCUGAGGUGCCAGUGGCUCCCAAAAAGGAGAAGUCGGAGCGGAAGAAAGCGUUCCAGCAACGGCGACUGGAUAAAAUCCGGCAGAGGAGGGAGGAGAAGGCAGCAGAAAGGCUGGAGCAGGAGCUGCUCCGAGACCCAGUGAAGUUUGGCGAGGUGGCCCUGCAGCCCCCAGAGCUGACUGCCCAGCCCAGGUCGAGCGCGAGCAGGGGCCAGCCUGGGAAGAAAUCGCUGAUGCUGAGGAAGCUUUUGAGCUCUGGUGGCAUGUCCCAGUCUCUGACCACGUCACUGGCCCGACAGCGGAUUAUUGGGGAGGAGAGAGAGCGGGCCGUGCAGGCCUAUAGGGCACUGAAGAAGCGGCAGCAGCAGGGGACUCAGUCACCACAGCCACCCCACCUCGCUUCCAGGAAGAAGGCAGAGACGUGUCUGUGACGGCAGGACCAGGGCAUCCACGCCUGUGUGGGGGGAGGACGAGUACACGGCCUGGAACACACACUGGGACUCUCAGGGGCCCCCAUGGACUCGCUCUCUGGUGCAGAAGGCUCCAGGCCUUUGCUCUCAUUUUUUCUCCUUAGGAUGGCUCUCCUGUGAGUGACCGUCUGCUUGUGUGUCUGAAGUCCCCAUAGAGUGGCCAACAGCUGUUUGGGACACAGUCGGGCACACCUAGCCUCAUUCCCCUGAAGCUGGCAUCACUCACAGCUUUGUUCUGAAUACUCAGGUCCAGGCUGAGAUAACUCAGGGCCACUUUAGGGAGGACAGUCCUUAAACGCCAGUCCACUGGAGAGACUAAAUGCCAGUCCACUGGAGAGACCGUGCUCGCUCGGCCGAAUCUAACUGAAGCUCUGUGGGGCUGAACAGCACAGCAUGGCUGAAAGCACAGGCCAGGCAGCAGGUCGGGGUCCACAUCCCUACAGAGGCAGGUGGAGCCCACCCAGGCUCUCACUGGGGUACAGAGACUGAUGGCACCACCCACACCUAGUGGGUUUGAGAGGAGGUUGGUUGGGGAAAAAAGAGGUAUGAAACCGUGUGAUGGCAAGGACAGGACCCUGGCCCAGGUCCUGCCUGUGGUUAGAAAAAGGCGAUGUGGGAAUUCCUGCCAACCACAGGGCCUGGUGAGGUUUGACCCUUCCACGAGAGCCGAGGGAGGGAAGAAGGGAGGGC